AUGAAUGGAGGUAAUAAAAAGCAAAACGGCAGCGCUGUUUAUAGGGAUAUAGAAGAAUAAAAAGUAGAAGAAUUGCAAGAAUCAGUUUAGAGUUUGAAAUUUCUAGCUUAAGACAUAAGUAACCAUUUAGAUAGCGAAAAGAAAGACCUCUUAAAUAAAAUGAGUUCUAAUUAUGAAAAUGGCACGUAAUCAUUGAAAAAUGUACUUUCUAAGAUCGACGAUGUUCUUAAACAUGGAGGAGCUUCAAGAACUACAUGCUAUUUAAUUGGAAUAAUAGUUAUUUUUUUCUUUUUGAUGUACAUUAUCAAAUGA